AGAAAUGGGGGUCUGUCCGGCCCCCUUUUCUCCCUUUUCUCCCUCAAAGUGUUUUUUCGACCACUUCGUAAAGCCUCUUUCUUUCUAGGAUUCUCCUGAACAACAUUUCGAGGACAUCACUUGCCUUUCUGCUGACUUAAAAAUGUCCAGCACACAAGCUCAUUCUGCUGACACGGAUCCUCCCAAAUGCCAUCGUUUGUUUAGGUUCCAUGACCCUGAAGUGGUGGCAGUUAUGGCAAUACUACUAGGUCUGUUCCAGCUGCUCCUGACUUUAUUAACUCACACCGUCAGCCUUGACAUGAAAUAUAUGUUCGUGUGCCCCAUUUGUGUUGGUUCUGUGACUAUAAUUGCCGGAUCAUUUGGUUUGGCAUCUGAAAGAACUCCUAGGAGAGACCUGCUGAAGAACACUCUGAUCUCUGGUCUUGCUGGACUGGUGGCGACACUGAUUGGUCUUUUUCUGUACAUUUAUGCUACCAGUACCUCUCUGAACCUCCCUCCUUGUUCACCCAAUCAACCGUGUGCAGAAAGACUCUUUCAAGGCUUUUACAAAGCAGUUGCCAGACAGCUAUUGCUUUACGAUAUUGCAGCUGUGGUUGCUCUUAGUUUUCUAUCAUUCUCCGCAUUUAAAGGAUUGAGAGGUUACUGACAUAACUUUUAAUACACUAUAACAUUAUCUUUGGUCAUUUUAGCGACAAUAUUUUUUAGAAACUUCUAUGAGGAUUUACUACAGACCAUUUCAUUGUGGUAAUAUCAUUGGACCCUGAACAUUUCCAGCUUUUUGCCAAACUAUUUCAUAACUGUAACAUGAGGCAAUUCAAUCAAAAUUUAAUGUUAAAAAAGCUAUCAUUAUCAAUAUGUGGCUCUUUUUGGAUUCUCGGGAGCUAUAGAAAUUAAAAAUGUGCAACAAGAAAUACGUUGAGACCAUUGUUAUUGUAUACAUCCCUCAAAAUGGUCUAUAAAAAUAGUAUUGUGCUUCUGUUUGAUUGUCUUAAAAUGUGAAUUCACAAUAUUUUCUUGAACAAAAUAUAGAUUUUAAAGUGUUUGUGAAACUAUAGAGAGUAACCUGUUAUACACUGUAAAUACUUUACUCACUAUAAAUCAAAGUUUAAUUGCUUUUAAAGGCAAGACACUACAGUUGAAUAGAGUAAAAAAGUAAUGUUCAUCACCAUACUUUUCCAACUGAUUGAUUACAUUAAGAUUUUUGUAUCACAUGUUUUCUUAAAGGUGCUGUAUGUAAAAUUUGAACUCUUCUAAAGCAUAAGAACCCCUUAAUAUGUUUGCAGAUAUUUAAGAAACAUGCUUAGUGAACAUUUUUGUUUAUCUGCAAAACAAUGCUAAAUCAGAUAUUCUGCUUUGAAAAUGUAAAAAUGAGAAUGUCUGUCUUUGUUUUGGUCAUUUAACUCGCCCUAUACCAGUUUAGCCAAUUAUAUUUCAGCACCCCGGGCUGUCUUUGUGGAAAACAGCGUAUUUCAUUCAUUUAGUCAGCGAGGCUCUCAAAGUGUAUGUCCGCGAUCGAAAUUCGACCUCUAGUGGACAGUAACAGCCUCUGAAAUGAGACGCAGAUUCAGAGUUUCACAUGAGGUGGUUAUUAAUUAGCAAAUAAUAGAAAUAUGACGAACGUAAAACAACACGUUGUUGUCAUAGCUACACACUGCGUAAGGAGAUUUGCAGUGAUCAGCAAUUUGGCAGUUUGCACCAGACGAAACACGACAGAAAUUUAAAUACAGCCAUUUAGAAGCACAGAAUAGUGCACUUACUGCACUCUAUAGAGAAUGGUAACGUUUACAAUCUAAUUAAUACAUAUUAAACCUCUUUAACAUUAUUAAAUGUAGAUGCUGAAUCACUGACAUGAGUCACAGCUCUAAAUUUAUUUUUAAACGGUUCAUUUUAUUUUCCAGAUUAGAGGUGAACUAUCUGCUGCUGCUUUCAGUAGUAUGGCACUAAAUAUCAUGUAAAAUGGCAUUCAAACUCACAUUAUUAGUGUUUAACACUGAAAAAAGCACAUGACAAGCAUCGUCAGUUUUCUGUUGUUCACCUGUUAGCAGGGCUGGCGCGUCCAUAGAGGCGACCUAGGCGACCGCCUAGGGCGGCAGAAUAGAGAGGGCGGACACCUCCCUCACCACCCGCGUCCUCAGUUACAUCCGCGACCCCCUCCACCACAACCCCACCCCCUGUCUUCAAUUUCAUCCGCGAUACAACCCCCCGGACCGCCUCAAUUUGCUAACGGGUCACUUUCAUUUUCACUUUCGAGUUGAGGGCGGCAUGAUCGUCCUUUGCCUAGAGCGGCAGUUCAGCUUGCUCCAGCCCUGCCUGUGAGAAAUACAAACCAUUUCUAAAAUGUAAAUUUCAGGUGUUAGUUAGGACAAAAACUAAUUUUAAUAUGGAAAAUAUUCCAUCUAUGCUGUGCCGUUGCUUUUAUUUAGAACACGACUGAAAUCAGCUCCUGUUGGUGUCUGCAAUCUGGCAACUUGCGCUUGCGUGUGUUUUGAACCAGGCGUG